CUAUACAGGGUCCUUCUAAACUAGCUACAUUCCUUUUAAUGGGGGCAUCUAUACGGUACACUGAACAAGUUCACCAAAUUUGAGUAUGUGUUUUAUAAUGAUUUUACAAAGUUACAUUUUCUAACAAAAAUAAAAAUUCAUUUCGUCUUACAUAAUGGAACAUGCUGUAUUUUUUACUCACACAACAAAGCUGUAGUGUAUUCAUUCUGCACAGGAACACGAGACACAACACACACAACGCUCACUACCACUGCACACUUUUUUGUUGUUUACACUCACGUCAUAACAACUCACAGCAGUCGUCACAGCUGAUAGCCGAUUAGCUGAUCGACUGAUUGGGCGAGCUAUCACUUUAAUGUUGCAGGCCUACUCUCAUAUCGUUGUCUAUCCUUAUUAUCUUAUGUUAAUCACAGUAAAACGGACUCACGAUACCAUCGAAAAAUCAAUCAGCAAAGGCCAUGAUUUUUAAGGCGCGUCUUAGUAAAUUUAUUUGCAUUUGUGCAUCUGUGCGUCAUAGUUCACUUCACGAGCACUACAAAACGCACCUUCACACAAGAAAGCUAAUCAAAAACUGAAUUAAAUCAAAGCGCACGCGCCGACAAAUGCCGACAAGCCGCACGCCUUUUGUUGACACAAAGACGCCGACGCCGCCAAAGCAAGAGCCGAAAAGUUGGCAUAAGCGUACAGUCGACGACAAAAAAGAAACUUAUUUGUUUAUUAUUUUAUCUGCUUGCUUUCGAUUUCAAUUGAUUCGAAUCUAAAUUGUGGUGUUGAGUAUUUCAUGGUAAAAUAUCCUAUAACAGAUAAUAAUUAAAAAUUAAUCGAACUUAUUGUUUUGUGAAGGUAAUUCAAUGGCCUAGUCAAUUAUUUAGAAACAUUAAAUUAGACUAUUGAAGCAAAUAAAACUCUUCAAUUUGUUUGUAUUGAUAUUCCAUUUAUCCUAAAUCAAAGUCCAUUCUUAAAUUAAUCGUUAAUGUCAUCAUUUCUAUUACAAUAGAAAAGUAGAUGAGGUAGGUAGGUACCUAAUUAGUUAAAUAAAAUUUCCGAAUCAUUUCCGUUCCAACUUGGUAUUUAUUUAUGACCUAUCUUAUGUACCUGUGAUUUAACAAUAAACACAAUUUUAAUUUGAAUAGUAAAAAAAAGUUUGUUGCAUUUCUUAAUUUUAUUUUGGUGAGUGUACAUUGCGCUAGCCGGCGGCCGGCGGCACGUGUCUAAAGGCGGCGGCACGUGUCUAAAAGUUCGUUUGCUGCGCGCCGGCUAGUGUUGUACGAUACGACACUCGAGUCUUGGAAUCUUACUUAUUAAAAGUUUGAAGAAAAUAAAAUAGCUAUGAAUUAAGACUGUGUGUUUAUUAUUUUAUUGGACCGUUUUAACUUUUUGAUUACGAAAAUCGUCAGUCUUUAGAUGGAUACUUCUGAUUCGAUUAUUUGCGUUUAAUGCAAUUUUAUUGAUAUUACAUUUGUAUUGUGCGAUUUAUUUUAUUUUCAAUUAGGAUAUAACAUACGGAUGAUGAUAUGAAAUCACUCAUUAUUGCCUAUUAGUAUACACCAACUCAAGUUCAUGUCAUGAUUCAGUCUAGCUCAAAGAACUUAAAAUACUCGAAAGGACUCGGAAGACUCAAUUAUUCCCUUAUUCAUGUGACUAACGAGUCCUAGUCUUAAAAAUAAACUCAAGUCUCAAAAUAAAGACUUUAAUUAAAGACUCGAGGUUCUUACAACACUAGCGCGGUCGGCUAUUGUGAGGGACGGCUGUCUUUGAUACCACCGACUCCGCCACGCAUAAAUAAGGAUGUCAACUCCAAAAUUCUUUCUAAUCUUAAUAAUAAUAAAACUAUCAUUAUUUACUUUUAUAAUUUUUUUUUGUUUCUACGAUGAUUUUAAUGAUUAUUAUUUCAGUUUAAAAUUGAUAGUUGGGAACAAUUAUUUACUUAUUUACUUCGGAAUACUAAAGACUGCGAAUAAUCACAGGUAGAUAAUUCGAUAGCGUUUAGUUUCUGCUAUGAUCGAGUCAAUUACGAAUCACAUUUUUAUUUAAUUUGCUAAGGGGAUAUUAAGCGAUUAAAAUUAACAUGAAAAAUGUGCCUGCUUUAUCGUAAUAAUAACCGUAAUUCUAAAUUUCAUAGUCAUGGUAACUAUCCCAUUUGUGUAUGGCAUAAAAAUAAGUCAUUGAUUUCGGCAACUAACUUUUUUGCUUCGUUUCGUUGCUACGUUUGAAAUAAAAGAUUUUUACAAGCGCAAAAGUAUUUUAACGAACUUUUGAAUAAACAUCAUUCCAUUAAGGCCACUAAAUAAGUACUUACCACAUAAGAUUUUUUUAUGUUACCAAAAAUAAAUAAACUUUAAUUUUCUGCUUAAUUUAAUUCCUUAAAUAACUAGUAGUAGCCCUAGAAUAGCUUGUGUGGCGCCCGGUCCGUCGUCAGGCGGCACUCUUGUGUUCGCGGCCAGUGGCCCAACGGCCGCACAAGCGCAAUGGCGGCCAUUACGUAAGCUCGUGUGCGUGCGGAUUUUUGUCAGUGUAGUAGUGAAUCAGCUGAACAGGGUGUUGUAUUGGGUUGAUAAGAAAUGAAGUUGUUUCCUUAAUUAUCUCGGAAACUAGCCUGAAUUUUUGGCUCAAACUUUGGGAACGUAUUCAGUGUGACGUAUACAUGCUCCCAUUAAACGGAACGUAGCUGAUUUAGAAGGACCCUAUAUACCUACCUACUCUAUAAUUUGUAGUGUUUCCUAACAUCGGGUGUGUCCCUGAACUUCCUAACACAUGGCAUGGUCGUGGGAUUCUCUUCAGUACUCCUUCCCCAGCUAAGGGAAACGACCGAUAUUGACGAAGCGUCGGCGACAUGGAUCGCGUCCAUAUUCGGAUUAUCUCUCAUAGUAGGAGCAUUGUUGGUCUCAUUCCUUAUGAACUCAUACGGCCGAAAACCUGUCAAUAUCGCCAGCGCUGCGUUCAUGACCGUAGAAUGGCUUAUCAUCAGCGCAUCCGAGAGUGCACCCAGCCUUUUAUUCGCAAGAUGCCUCCAAGGGUUCUCCAUGGGCCUGCUAGCUAAUAUGGGCAACGUCCUCAUUGGAGAAUGUUGCAGUCCCAAAAAUCGCGGCGCUCUUUUGACAACUAUAUCUUUCGCAAUCAUGUUUGGCGUUUUCCUGGUUCACUGUUUAGGAGCCAUCGUCUCGUGGCAGAGAGUUGCUCUGAUAGCAGCUUUUAUAGCGGUUGCAGACUUAACAAUAAUAAUUAUAUCACCAGAAUCGCCAAGCUUUUAUGCUAUCAAGGGAAAGUACGACGAGUGUCGGAAAGCGUUCCAUUGGCUACGAGGUCUUUCAGAAGAGGAGGAAUUGGAGAAGCUUAUAAAAAUAAAUAUGGCAAGGAGAUCAAAUGAAGCUAUUAGUUCCCAUGAAAGCUUAUUAGAUAAAGUUAAAAAGAACAUAGCUUACAUUAAAACCACAUUCAGGAAACGAGAAUGUUUCCUGACGUCGGGCGUGUCCCUCAACUUCCUCGCACAUGGCGUGGUCAUGGGGUUCUCUUCAGUGCUCUUACCACAGCUGAGAGAAACGACCGACAUUGACGAAGCGUCGGCGACAUGGAUCGCGUCCAUAUUCGGAUUAUCCCUCAUAGUAGGAGCAUUGUUGGUCACAGUCGUCAUGAACUCAUACGGCCGAAAACCUGUCAAUAUCGCCAGCGCUGCGUUCAUGACCGUAGGAUGGCUCAUCAUCAGCGCAUCCGAGAGUGCACCCAGCCUUUUAUUCGCAAGAUGCCUCCAAGGGUUCUCCAUGGGCCUGUUGGCCAAUAUGGGCAACGUCCUCAUUGGAGAAUGUUGCAGUCCCAAAAAUCGAGGCGCUCUCUUGACAACUAUAUCUUUAGCAAUCAUGUUUGGCGUUUUCCUGGUUCACUUUUUAGGAACCAUCGUCUCGUGGCAGAGGGUUGCCCUGAUAGCAGCUUUCAUAGCAUUUGCAGACUUGAUAAUAAUAAUUUUAUCACCAGAAUCGCCGAGUUUUUAUGCAAUCAAGGGAAAGUACGACGAGUGUCGGAAAGCGUUCCAUUGGCUACGAGGUCUUUCAGAAGAGGAGGAAUUGGAGAAGCUUAUAAAAAUGAACAUGGCCAGGACAUCAAACGAGGCUAAUAAUGCCAACAAGAGCAUUUCAGAUAAAGUCAAAAGGAAUCUAGAUUAUCUUAAAACAACUUUGAGCAAACGAGAAGUUUAUAUACCGGUUAUUAUAAUGAUGCAUAUGUACGGGAUCGCCCAAUGGUCUGGUGCCGUCACAUUUGACACAUACGCGAAAGAUAUUCUUGAUGUUGUGUUGGGCAAAGAUAUCAAUUUCCCGGCCAUAAUAGUAUCAUUGGAUAUUCAGAGGCUUGUGUCGAAUGCACUAAUAAUUGUAGCUAUUAAAAAGAUGAGAAGAAAGUUGGUGCUUUCAGUGACAAUAUCGGCCAAUGUUAUAUCGUACGUCAGCAUCGCUUUGUACGUUUAUCUGAAGACUCAUGGCUUGAUGGGAUUUGACCACCUUUUCAUAGGAUUGACUUUGGUUCAUAUCCAUAUGUUUACGGUGGUUGUGGGUGCCGUACCCCUCCCGAAUAUAAUAGCUGGAGAAAUCUUCCCUUUGGAACACAGAGGUCUCUGCGGAUUGAUAGGAAUUUUAUUCUUCUCAAUCAAUGAGACUAUCAAUAUUAAGUCAGCGCGAUAUUUGUUCGCUAGUAUAGGAGUGGAAGGCGCUUACUUGUUGUAUGCAGUGUUGGUGGCGUAUUGCUUGACGGUAGCGUGGAUCUUAUUACCAGAGACUAAAGACCGAGUUUUGAUUGACAUUGAGGAGGAGUUCAGAGGUGAACCGCUGAUUACUGCGGGGUUACUCCGAAAAUCGUUAUCCAAAGAUUCGAAUGUUGUCGUCCCUCUCACGCAAAGCGAGAUGCCAGAAUGAGCGACGGUGACGUAGUCCCGAAAAACUCUACGUAAACAGUCUUUCGGAGUAGCCCUGAUGAAGUUAAAUUAAUGCAAAGCAAGAAGAAGAAAUAGUAUCUUUGAAAUUUAUUUGAUUUUGUCAGCUAAAUAGUUUACAGCUAGGGCAGUCAAAAACUUAAAAUUGUGUAAAAAUAGUUUAAUCCGGUCAAAGAACAUUUUUGCUUAUAAAUAAGUUUAAUUUGUUUAAAUAUUGAUUAAUUACAAUAUUAUUGAAAAAUAUAUUGUUAAGCAUUAUUUAGAUAGCUGCUCAAAUACAGCCUACAUAAAUACAAUUUAAUAAACAAAGGUAUUCAGUUAUUUUUAGAAGUUAAAUAAACCGCUACAUAGCGGUUAUAUGUAUUUUAUUUGUAUAUUGUAUUUAACUUUACCUAAUUAUUAUCUUUAUAAUUAUCUCUAUACAUAAUGUUAAUUGGGUAGAAAUGUAAAAAAAAACGUUUAUUUCAUUAACUUCAAUAAUAAGAAAGUGUGAUGAAAUAAAUAAGUUAUGAUUAAAAAAUAAACUAUAGAUAUAAAAGGAAGAAUCACAUUGUUAUAUUACUGUACACAUGUUACAUAGUAUAUCUACGUCAUAUUAUAAAAUAAUUAUCUUUGGUUGUGUUCAAUAAUAAAAUAAAUAAACAUUAUUCUGCUAAAGCAUUUGGAAUGUGGAAUAAUACUUCAUUAAUUAUAAAUUAAUUGGUUUACAUUUUCACUAAUAAAUUAUAUAACACGUAAGUAAUAGAAAACAAAUAAAAUAAUAUGAUGUUUGUUGAUAUUAAAUCAUCGGAUAGUACUAAUUGCAAGUAUCAUAAAUUCAUAUUAGUAGAUGUUUCUUUGUUUGUUUAGAGUAAAGUUUGCUUUAGUUGUAAAAAUAUCUGUUUAAUUUAAAUAAAGAUGUAAGUUGAUGUUGGUUUCUAAUAUAGGUAAAUUAAUAUUUUUUGUUUAUUGACACAUCAAUUAAAUUAUACCGCAAAAAACAAUAUUUAAUUUUGCGA